GUGCCAAAGCGCUGCCGGUACCACCUAAAAACUCGAAAGACCAUCCAUGCCGAGAGCUAAGUGCCGACGAGGAGGACGAGGAAGAGGAAGGCGAAGGCGAAUCGUCCCGGGGCAUGGGCCGGGUUCGCCGGCACCUGGGCAGUGGGGUACACUGAGCAAGCGAGCGAGCCAGCGAUCCAUCUCUGCGUACAUACGGACGAGUGACAGACAGAUGGAUACACGUCCGGUCGCAGGCACGCAGGGAAAGGGACUGACUCGGAUCCCAGUCCAGGAGCGCCGAGAGAGGAAGAAUCUCAGACUGAGAAGCGAGCGAGAGAUGGAGAGAGCGAGGGCAAGCUGGUGGAGCCACUGUUCGUAGAAAGGUGGCUGGCUGGCUGGCUGGCUGGCUGGUGGUCGCUGGCCUGCGCCUGCGCCUGGGCCUGGCUGGAAGGCGAGCUGUAAGCCAUCCACGUCUUAUGGAGAUCGAAGGAAACGCGAGGCACACCCAUCGCAUGGCAAAGCCAAGGGAUUCCAGCGGAGGGAUGGGAAGGGAAGGGAAGGGAAGGGAAGGCUCGGACCGACCGCCCGACCGCCCCCCAGUCCGUCGAGUCCGGCCAGCGAGCCAGCUCCACUCUGGGGGCUGGCUGGCUGGCUGGGCAAGCUUCGGGGAAAUGCUGGAGCUUGAGGGCGACGGGGAGCAUGAGCAUUGCGAGCCUGUCCUUCGAAGAGUGUAUGAGCAUGGGGUGCGAAUCUACGGUCGAGUAUCCGGAGCAGGAUGGGACAACACGCUCUGGGCAGGGCAGGGCAGGGCAGAGCAGAGGAGCAGCGAGCGCUAAGUGAGUCAGUCAGUCAGUCAGUCAGUCGGUCAGACAGGCAGGAAAGCAGUGAGUGAGGGAGGGAGUGAGUGAUUGAGUCUGGUCACCGGUCAUCAGGAAGCGGAAGAUGUCGCAGAACAUGUGACAGCUCUAGAGCGCGUAGCUCGUUGCCAUAAUGGUGAAUAACUUCAACCGUGCGUGACAGUUGUG